AUGGUGCUGGGAAAACUGGAUGGCCACAUGCAAAUCAAUGAAACUGAAACAUUUCUCCUCCUGGGACUUUCCAAGAAGCCAGAGAUUCAAUCUGUUCUCUUUGGGUUGUUCCUAUCUUUGUACUUUGUCACUAUCUUUGGGAACCUGCUCAUCAUCCUGGCCAUCAUCUCUGACUCCCACCUCCACACACCCAUGUACUCCUUCCUCGCCAACCUGUCCUUUUCUGACAUCUGUUUUACCUCCACCACCAUCCCAAAGAUGCUCCUGAACAUACAGACGCAAAGCAAAGCCAUAACCUAUAUAGGCUGCAUCACACAGAUGUUUUUUUUCACAGUUUUUGGACUUUUGGACAAUUUCCUCCUGACCAUAAUGGCCUAUGACCGCUUCGUGGCCAUCUGUCACCCCCUGCACUACACAGUCAUUAUGAAUCCCUGUCUCUGUGCCCAGUUACUCCUCCUAACCUGGCUCAUCAGUGCUCUGGGGGCCCUCCCUGAGAGUUUAACCACAUUGCAACUUUCUUUCUGUGCUGUUGUUGAAAUCCCACACUAUUUCUGUGAACUCCCUGAGGUCCUCAAGCUUGCCUGCUCAGACACUUUCAUCAGUAAUGUCGUAUUGUAUGUUGUGACAGGCAUUAUGGGCUUUUUUCCUCUUGCUGGGAUCCUUUUCUCUUAUUCUCGAAUUGUUGCUUCUGUACUGAGGAUCUCAACAGCAGGAGGGAAGUAUAAAGCAUUUUCCACUUGUGGGUCUCACCUCUCAGUUGUCUCCUUGUUCUAUGGAACCUGCCUUGGGGUCUAUCUCAGUUCCACAUGGACACAUGCCUCUCGUACAGGGGCGUUUGCCUCAGUCCUGUAUACUGUGGUCACCCCCAUGAUGAAUCCGUUCAUCUACAGUCUGAGGAACAGAGACAUGAAGAGAGCUCUGAGAAAGCUUCUCUACAGUGUGUUGUCCCUCCAAGGAGAGCAUCAAUGA